AUGACAGGUGGGCCUAACGAUCAGCGCUCAGCCUGGCGAAUCUCCAGGCCGCCUUUCAUCAGAGCUUUUAGAGCCCAUCCAUCGGAGGCGCCUCGAGCCUUGCGCUUCGAGCUUGCGCUUCGAGUCCGAGCAUCGUUAUUGCGGGACGAGGAACGAUGCGACAUCGCCGGUGCCAAGAUUAAGCAAGCUGGCAAUAAUUUGUAG